AUGGCUCUUAGUCUCAGCGUCAGUGGUUUCGAAACAGAGGGGUUCCAACUUCUCUGUGAUUUCGUGAACCAUGAGAACUUCCCUGACAUCCCUGUGGAAGCUAUGGAGCGGCUCAAUCGGAUCCUUAUUCAAGUCCAGGGAGGUCAGAUUUCGCGGCCUCGUGUCAUGUUCAAGCUCUUUGACAAGCUGGCCGAACGUGAACCAACGGAGGAUGAAGUACGGGAGGUGUAUGUCAUGGCCUGGGUAGUAGAGCUGCUUCAGUUUGCUAUUCUCGCAUCCGAUGACAUAGUCGACGGAGACCUCUGGCGGAGAGGGAGGUGGUCAUGGCAUCGACAACCAGGUGUCGGGUUAAGUGCAGUCUAUGAUACAUUCGUUGCAACAUUCCUCGCCCUUGCCUUUCUGAAGAAACACUUGGACCAGAAGAAAGCUUACAUUGGAAUGGUCGAGUCCAUCAAUCGCGAGAUUCUCUACGUCCAACUUUAUCAGAGUUUCGAUACCAUGGUGGCCAACCAGGGGCCAGGAAACGUCUCAACAUUCUGCGAGCACAAACUCCGCGACAUAUCGCUCGGCUUGUGUGGCUAUUUCUUUCUGCCCUUCUCAUUGAUGCUGCACUACCUCGGCCAAGGUACUCCCGAUAACCUUAGGCAAACGCGGGAAAUCACAGACGAGAUAUCUAUCUAUUACCAGGCCCAGAACGACUAUAUAGACUUGUAUGGAGACAGAAGCAACAAUGGAAAGGAUGGGCGGGAUAUCCGAGAGAACAAGUGUUCGUGGCUCAUUGUGGAAGCUCUAAACAGAAGCGACAAAGGCCAGCGUACAGCACUGAAAAACAAAUACGGUCGGUCGGAUAAGGAAUGCGUGGAUGAGGUAAAGCAAAUAUUCAACGACCUGGAUCUGAAGGGAGCCUUCAAGCAGUAUCAGUCCGGGGCAAUCCAAAAGAUAAAGGAACAAAUCCAGUCUGUGGAUGAGGGCAGCGGACAUCCCUACGUUGGAACGAGACCUGGAUCUAUAAACGUCAUCGUGUCCGACAAGCAGGACCACCUGCAGUACCUCACCAUAGAAGAUGCCAUCCAGCACUGCACUAAGGGCGCCGGCAUCUGGCCGCAGUUCAGCACCGACGCCGGCCAUGAGCCCGGCGUCCAGCUGGGCAGUGAAUGCAUAGUGUCCAAAAAAUUCGUCCAGCCCAUGUAUUUUCUAUAA